AUGCCCACACAGAAUUAUGGCCAGCCCUACCAACCUCAGGCAUAUCCCAUGACGAACCAAUAUGGUGGACAAGGCGCCUAUGCUCCACCAAAUGGCCCGCCACCCAACGGCCCGAGUCAGGCAAUGCCAUACCAGCCGCCGCCCGGUCCACCACCAAGUGAUGGCGACGACGUUCCUUCGUAUGCGCCGCCAUCAUAUCCGCCACCUGGCCACAACAGCGAAACAACGUAUCAGCCACCAGCGGGGCCGCCGCCAAACAAGAGCUAA